ACUAAUUAGCAGCCUACGCCCUGCUCGCUGAGUCUUGACUGAGCUUUGACCAGGAACACACACGGGACAGGAUAAGACAGAGAAGCUGGUGAGCGGGCGUGUGGGGCGGCAGCAAUGGAGGAGAUCGUGCUUGGACUGUCCAAGACGGUGGUGGAGGGUACGCUGAUCAAGGUGAAGGCGGCGAUAGACGAGGAGGCGAAGCUGAAGCUUGCGGUGCAGAGCGACCUGGUGUUCAUCACGGGGGAAUUCGAGAUGAUGCAGUCGUUCCUCAACGUCGCCGACGCGGAGCGCAUCAAGAACAACGCCGUCAAGACGUGGGUGCGGCAGCUCCGCGACCUGGCCUACGACACGGAGGACUGCAUCGAGCUGGUCGUCCACCUGGAUCCCAAGCCCAGAUGGUGGCGCCGCCUGCUGGUCCUGCUCCUGCCCUGCCUGCCGGCGGUGUCGCUGCCCAUGGACGACGCCGCGGCGGAGAUCAAGGAGCUCAAGGACAGGGUGGAGUUCGUGAGCCAGAGGAACAUGCGCUACAACCUCAUCACCGACUUCGGCGGCGCCAAGUCCGUCGCGCAGCAGCAGCUUGACCGGGCUGCAGGCACGGCCGCAGCGCUCGACAUCGCCGUGGAGGCGGCGGCGAGGAAAGGGCGUAGCUUGGUGGAUCUGACCGAGUUGAUCCCCAAAAUGGAAGACCGCCCUGAACUCGGCGUGAUCUCGGUGUGGGGGACAGGCGGCGACCUUGGGGUGGCGUCCAUUGUCAGGAAGGCCUACGACGACCCUGAAAUAGUCAAGAACUUCCAUAGUCGUGGCUGGGCCAAGUUGACUCACCCUUUCAAUCCGCGGAAGAUCCUCCGGAGCUUGUUCGUUCAGUUCUGGACAAGCACUGCUGCUCCGCAGAAGCAAGGAGAGACUCUAGAUGUAGAUUCCUUGCUGAAGAUGGAGAAGACGGUGGUGGAAGAAGGGGAGCUGGUCAAGCAGUUUGUGAGUUAUGUGAGCACUCACAGGUUCCUCGUCGUCCUGGAAGGCCUGUCAACCAUGGCGGAAUGGGAUGCCCUCCGGAUGUACCUGCCGAACAUGGGUAACGGGAGCCAGAUCAUCGUUUCCACGCAGCAUUUCGACAUCGCGAGCCUGUGCACCGGGCAGCUGCACAAAGUUUCAGAGUUGAGGAAGUUCACACCUGACCACUCUAUCUGUGUCUUUUUCAAGGAGGUUUCUGGAGGUGGUGAUCCUGGAAAUGAAAUGCUGGAGGUAGAUGAAGAAACAGAACUUAUCGGGCGCGACACAGAAGAGGCGGAGCUUAUCCGUCAGAUUGAUGAGGCUUCCCGUGUGAUCUCCGUAUGGGGGAUCGCCGGUGUGGGGAAAUCGGCACUCGUCAGAAGUGCCUACCGCAAAUACCUGCAGAACCGCAGCAGCUUAGCAGGGUUAGGUAUGAGCUUCAUACACGGGUGGGUGAACGUGCUCCAUCCCUUUAAUCUGAGGGAGUUUUGCCGCAGCUUGCUCCUGAAUUUGUCUUCUGAGCCUGCUGAAAUAAAAAAGGAGGCUGACGCUGAACUGGCAAACAUGACCAAUCCAGUUGAUGUCUGUCGUAGGCUUCUCAGUGACGAUCAACAACAAAACCAGUGCCUUAUUGUCAUCGAUGACCUGCAGUCCACCAAAGAAUGGGACAGAAUAAAACAGGCUUUGUCAUUUGGUGAAGGGUGUUGUGUCAUAAUUGUCACAAAUGAUUCAAGUGUUGCCAGAUAUUGUUCAGGGCAAGAUCAACAGCUCAUGUUCAACGUGAAAGGUCUUGGUAAUGUGCAUGCCCUUGACCUCUUCAACACGGUGUAUGACGGCAUGCGUAACCACAUCACGCGGGAUGAGGACAUGAUCAAGCAGUCGAAGUUAAUGUUAAACAAAUGUGGUGGACUACCCAAGGUGAUAGUUGCAAUUGGUCGUUUCUUGGCCAAGAGUCUGAAUUGGGAGGCCAUGAAUACUAACUUUAUUCACCAGUUGGAAAAUAACCCGGAGCUCGCUAGCAUACAUAGCCUGUUUAGUUGGCUCGACUCCUACUUCCACAACUGUCCUGACGAACUCAAGCCAUGCAUCUUCUAUCUCUCAAUCUUCCCCCGACAGCAUGGCAUCCGCCGGAGGCGUCUGGUGAGGCGGUGGAUCGCCGAGGGCUACUCGAGGGACACCGAUGGGAAUCUUGCGGAAGUGAAUGGGGAAAAUUACUUCUCCAGGCUCGUCAACCUCAGCAUGCUCACAGAUGCCGAGCGUGGUGUCAACAUGGCUGGGACUGGGACUGGUACUUGGAGAAAAAUGGCCAUGUGCAACGUCAAUGAUUUCUUCCGGGAGUACAUUGUUUCACGGCGAAUGGAGGAGAACCAUGUGUUUGCACUGGAGGGUAGGUGCAGCCAGACCACACGGCGCACUGGGCGGCACCUGGUGAUCGACAAAAGCUGGGACGGUGACGAGAACGUGUUCAACCGGAUCGAGUUCUCGCGGCUGCGGUCACUGACUGUGUUCGGACCCUGGAAGCCAUUCCUGGCCUCCGACAAGAUGAGGGUACUCCGCGUGCUUGAUUUGGAAGGCACUGAGGGUCUGACAGAUGACGACAUAAAAAACAUCGUCAAACGGCUGCCUCGACUGAAGUUCCUCUCACUGAGAAAAUGCAAAAACAUCUUUCAGCUGCCAAAAUCCCUGGGUCGCUUGAGGCAACUCCAGACCCUGGAUGUCAGGCACACUGCCAUAGCCCGGCUACCAGCAACCGCCGUGAAGCUACAGAAGCUGCAGUAUGUACGUGCCGGUAACACACCAGAGGAAUAUGCCGGCAGCGACAACACGGAAUCUAACACCUCGGUACCCACCUGUUUCUCAUGCUGCCCUGUUGGCGGUCACAUCGUCGGCGUUGAGGUGCCUUGCGGGGUCGAGAAGCUGACCAACUUGCACACGCUGGGCGUCAUCAAAGCCACUGUGGCAGGACUCAAGGAGCUCAAGAAGCUUACCCAACUGCGCAAGCUGGGGGUGUCCGGCAUCAACCGGAGAAACCACAAAGAGCUCUGUGCCGUCAUCUCUGGCCACGGCCAUCUGGAAUCCCUGUCGAUAUGGCUUGACAAGGACACCGAGGGGAGUACUGACCCUUGUUCGCCGAGCAGUGAUGACUUCAAGCCUCCAGAGAAGCUUCGGAGGCUCAAACUCCACGGGCACACUGACAACCUGCCAGCAUGGGUUAGCUCUCUCAAAACAUUUGUCACGCGAGAUCAGUGACCUAGCUCUUCUGCGUGAACGAAGAAGUCUCACUAUGCUGCAUUAGGUAGAAGUGUUAAGGACUUAAGGUCUUUUUUGGUGGCUUCCUAGAGUCUGCCUAUAUGUGUUCCUAAACUUGGAUGUAUUCGGUGUUAGUGGGUUUUUGCCCUGCAGAGUGCUUCGACAUCGAGCACUCACAGCGGGUUUCCUGCUAGUGUCAACUCAAAGCUCUAUUUUCCAUCUUAUUUUGCUGCUUUGUAAGAACUGAUUGUUUUUGUUAGCUGAAGAAAAAUGUGUAGAAGUGUUGAGUAGUCUA